AUGAGUAGCAGUGGAGUAACAGUGGUGGGAUCAGAUGCUCCCUCAGAUUAUCAUGUGGCUCCAAGGACCACAGAGAAUCCAAGCCAGGUGAGUGGACCAGAACCGCUACCACCUGUGAUUGUAACGCCACCGCAGGUGGGUUUCACUCCGUCACCGGCAGUGGCUGCCGCGUUGGAUGGCACCACCACUGUUAAGAAGAAGAGGGGCAGGCCUAGGAAAUAUGCCCCUGAUGGCUCUGUCACCAAAGUCAUCUCCCCUAAGCCGAUUUCUUCCUCGGCUCCUCCGGUUAUCGACUUCUCGGCUGGUCAGAAACGCGGAAAACUACAUCCAGUCGGCUCGACCAAGAAGACGCAGAACUCUAGAAUGGAGUUGGAAGGUGAAUGGGUUCCGUGUUCUGUUGGUUCUAAUUUUACCCCUCAUAUAAUCACGGCUAAUGCUGGAGAGGAUGUGACUAUGAAGGUUAUAUCUUUCUCUCAGCAAGGGCCUCGUGCAAUAUGUGUUCUCUCUGCUAAUGGUGUGAUUUCAAGUGUAACUCUUCGUCAACCUGAUUCCUCUGGUGGUACAUUGACAUAUGAGGGUCGUUUUGAUAUACUGUCAUUGACUGGAUUGUUUAUGCCAUCCGAGACUGGAGGAAUAAGGAACAGGUCUGGAGGAAUGAGUGUUUCAUUAGCAAGCCCAGAUGGGCGUGUUGUAGGGGGUGGAGUUGCUGGUUUAUUAGUUGCCGCCAGUCCUGUGCAGAUUGUGGUUGGCAGUUUUCUGGCGGGGAACCAGCACGAGCAGAAGACCAAGAAACACAAAGCAGAGUCAACAACUGUUACACCUGCUGCUGCUAUUCCUAUCUCCACUACAGGAGUAGACGAUACAUAUCGAACUUCCCCUUCUUUCCAUGCAGAUAACUGGUCAAUGCAUCCCAACUCGAGGAAUCAGCCCGCUGAAAUCAAUGUUGCUGUCCCUGGCGAGUAA